AUGACGGAAAGCCCAUGGACAGGCGACGCUGGUCCAGGCAGAUCGCUAGGCGUAGGAAAGCCCAUGGGGUUGCUCCAGUGGUGCUACGAGUGGCGCCCAAGUGGAAGGCCAUGGCGCGGGGCCGGGUCUGCUGGGUUAGGUGGAGGCUUUGGUCAUUUUGGCAUUGGGUCUAUGGGAUCAGGAUGUCCCUUUGGCCAUUUGGGCGUCGGUGGUGCAACGAAGAGUGGGCGAGAUGAAGAGAAGGGAGAGACAGAUGAGCCCAUCCCCAUGGGCGGUGCCUUCUCAGAUGCUGCUGGCUUGGGCUCUCCUCCAGGCAGUAGUGUUGGUGAGGUCUCGGUAGAUGGUAGUGGACCUGUAUUGGGCGGCAAUAAAGGGUGUGUGGGUGACGCCCGAGGCGUGACUCAAUUGCAAGGUGGCGCCUCAGAGGAGACAAGUUGUGAUUAA